AUGCCCGUCCCCACCGCCGACCUCUUUGACAAGCAACAAAACGAAGCCAAUGGCACACAGCCUCCCAGCUCUACUACUCGCACUUCCACCGACCCAAGCAACCACGGCUACUUCGGGGCCGCGCCUGGCCACUCAGCCAGUGCAUCGCAGAAUUCCGAUAGUGGUCGCGCUCUGACCAAAGAAGAGGCCGAUCGCCUGUACGAGGAGCGGAUGGAGGAUGAAUACGCGAAGAGAGAUGGUGGUGCCUAA